AUGUGCAGCCCAGCCCAACUCCACGAGCACAUCGUCCCCCACCCCCCAGUAACCUCUCCCGGCUACCUCCUAUCGCUGCCGCCCCCACCUUCUCAGUGGAUUUCGCCGGCGCCUCGCCCCCACCUACUCCGCUGCUCCCGCCGGCACCUCGCGCCCACCUACUCCGCGGCCCCCGCCGACGCCUCGCCCCCACCUUCUCCGCAGCUCCCGCCGGCGCCAGGCUCCCCAUGUGGCGGCUGCCUUCCUUCCGCCAACCGGCCACCUCCCGCUUCAGACAGUUCGGGCAUCGCCCCUCCGCCUCCUUCUGGCUGCCCUCGGCGACGCUCCAGCCGCCACUCCGCCUCAUCCCCGGUGGGAGGUCCUUCACCAAUCCGUCCAGCGGUCCAAACCCACCGCCCGAGGCCGUUCACCUUCGCAACACCCCUUUUCAGCAGCCAUCGUGAGGUCGCCACCUCCUCCUGCUGCAGGCCAUGCCCCAUCCCCCCAUUCCCGCAGCGACCAGGCCAUUCACUGCCAGUUCCACAGUCCGUUCACUGCCGACAGCCAAGGCCGUUCAACGACGUAGCGACGAGGCAGGUCAUCAGUUCAAACCUAACACAGAAACUCCUUGCUUGGCAUUCGAGCUCUUAUUUUCCCAAGACUAGUACUGGAUACACACUAUUCAUCGCAUUUGUCAUCGAGCGAUUGCACCCCUAUCUUCAGAAGCUCAUCACCAUGAGGAAAUCAUUCAACACCUCCCAGAGAGGAGGUUGAAAAAUUCCAAAUGGAGUUCAAACAUGAAUUUGAGAAAAUGAUUCCCCGGCUAAGUUCGAAAAAUGUCAUUCUGUGAAGUUCGGCUAUUCAGCCAAUGGUGGAGUUGCAAUUUUGUUUCUUAUGUACAUACAUGAAUUGAAUGUAAUCAACGAAAAGAAACAUAUGUUGAUUCUCCAAGUUAGAGUUCAUUUUUAUUUUCUUACAAAGUAGCAAAACUUCCUCUGUGGGUGAGUACAGCUUAUGUGCGAUCUUGUGUUCACUAAUCUUGUAGUAUUGUUUUUACAGGGAUCUUUCUAGUACUUUGUAAAGAAAGCGUGAUCCAUUUGUAAAAAUAUGGCAAAAGACAUCCUUCACUCUUGCAGUCUUUUGCUAAAAAAUGUUUUAAGUUCAA